UUCCGUCCGGGGUAAGAUGGCGGCGCCCGGGGUCCUGUGGAGCGGUCGCAGAGGGUGCCGCCGCCUUAGGCGAGGUCGGGCCGCCCUGCGCGGAAGAACCGCCCCCAGCUGCCACACCACCAGCGCCUAGCGAAGCAUCCCAGGCCCCGCCCGGGACUGCAGCCGCACCAUGGAUUCUUCCAGUUCAUCUAACUCUUGUUUCUCCGUCGGCUCCACCAGUCCCGGCGCUGUGGUGCUCCUUUACUCGAAGGAGCUCAAAAAGUGGGAUGAGUUUGAAGAUAUUUUAGAGGAGAGGAGGCAUGUCAGUGACUUGAAAUUUGCAAUGAAAUGUUACACACCUCUUGUCUAUAAGGGAAUUACUCCGUGCAAGCCGAGUGACAUUAAAAGCCGUGUUCUCAGUUCUGAAGAGGUUCACUAUGUCAUUAAACAGCUCUCCAAGGACUCCCCGCAGUCCGCGGCUGCCCUCCAAGAGGAAGCCUGUGAGAUCCUGGAUGAAAUGAGCCACAAUCUGCGCCUGGGAGCCAUUCGGUUUUUUGCCUUCGCCCUGAGCAAAAUAUUUAAACAAAUUUUCUCGAAAGUGUGUGUAAAUGAAGAAGGUCUUCAGAAACUACAACGAGCCAUCCAGGAGCAUCCGGUGGUCCUGCUGCCUAGUCACCGGAGUUACAUCGACUUUCUGUUGUUGUCUUUUAUUUUAUACAACUACGAUCUACCUGUGCCAGUCAUCGCAGCGGGGAUGGACUUCCUGGGAAUGAAAAUGAUCGGGGGGCUGCUGCGGAUGUCAGGUGCCUUCUUCAUGCGGCGCACCUUUGGUGGCAAUAAGCUCUACUGGGCCGUGUUCUCUGAAUACGUCAAAACCAUGCUGCGGAAUGGUUAUGCUCCUGUUGAAUUUUUCCUCGAAGGGACAAGAAGCCGCUCUGCCAAGACAUUGACCCCUAAAUUUGGUCUUCUGAAUAUUGUGAUGGAACCAUUUUUCAAAAGAGAAGUUUUUGACACCUACCUUGUCCCAAUUAGCAUCAGUUAUGAUAAGAUAUUGGAAGAAACUCUUUAUGUAUAUGAGCUUCUAGGGGUUCCCAAGCCAAAAGAAUCUACAACUGGAUUGCUGAAAGCCAGGAAGAUUCUCUCUGAAAACUUUGGCAACAUACACGUGUACAUUGGCGACCCCGUGUCACUUCGCUCUCUGGCAGCCGGAAGGAUGAGCCGCAGCCCGUACAACCUGGUCCCAAGAUACAUCCCUCAGAAGCAGUCGGAGGACAUGCAAACCUUCGUCACCGAGGUCGCCCACAGAAUGCAGCUUCUGCAGAUUCAGAACCUGGCGCUGAGCCCCUGGGCCCUGAUUGUCGCUGUUUUGCUCCAGAACCGGCCGUCCAUGGACUUCGACGCACUGGUAGAGAAGGCUACGUGGCUGAGAGGCUUAGCCCGCACCUUCGGGGGGCUCCUCACGUGGCCAGACAAUGAGCCUGCGGGAGACGUGGUCCAGGCCAGCAUCCAUCUGCACGCCAACGUCGCCGGCCUGGUCAAGGACCGGGUGGUCCUGAGAGUGGACUCCGGGGACUCGGACAUGGUCGACGGCCUCGUCCUCCAGCACGUCACGCUCCUCAUGUGCUCCACCUACAGGAACCAGCUGCUCAACGUUUUUGUCCGGCCCUCCUUGGUGGCUCUGGCGUUGCAGAUGACACCUGGCUCCAGGAAAGAGGAUAUCUACGGGUGCUUUCACUUCCUACGCGAUGUUUUUUCAGAUGAGUUCAUCUUCUUCCCAGGAAAUGCAGUGAAGGACUUUGAAGAAGGCUGUUACCUGCUUUGUAAAAGUGAAACCAUUCAAGUGACGACGAGGGACAUCCUAGUUACAGAGAAAGGAAAUACCGUGUUAGAAUUUUUAAUAGGACUCUUUAAACCUUUCGUGGAAUGUUAUCAGAUAAUAUGCAAAUACCUCUUGAAGGAACAAGAAGACUACUUCACUGAGAAGCAGUACUUGGCUAGAGUUAGAGUGUUCACAAGCCAGCUUCUCGAUCAAGGUGCCUCACAGUGUUACGAUGUGUUAUCUUCUGACGUACAGAAAAAUGCCUUAGCAGCUUUGGUGAGGCUAGGUGUGGUAGAGAAGAAGAAGGUAAAUAAUGACCAUCUAUUUAAUGUGAAAGAACCUGCCACAGCAAAAUUAGAGGAAAUGCUUGGUGGGAAGACACCAGUAGGAAAACCAGCAACUGCAAAACUUUAAUAAUUGCCAAACAGUUAUGGAAAGUUUGGUCAUAUAAUUACUGUCAUCCAAGGACACUUACUACAGCAAACAGGGACAUAAAGGAAGAGAUCCAUCUUUCUUCUCAUGCUCCGUAAGACGUGAGGCGAUGGGCCCAGGAGAUGAAGAGGUGACCAACUUAAGGAACCGGUGUACUCGUCCCCACCACAGUGGUUAAAAGGCAUUUGUACCUGACUCUGUGUUUUAAAAUAAAACAGUCUUUUGGAAACAUGUUUGGAAAAA